CUUGUUUCCUAUGGGGCUCGGCAGUGGGUCAGCGGUAUCUAACAAACUAUCUAUCUUCGGUGCAACAGCCAAUCUGGUUAUGACAUCCAUUGGUGUUGGUAUUCUCGGUCUCCCUCAAGUAAUGGAGCAAGCUGGGUGGAUAGGCGGCUAUAUACUUCUGGCCAUCGCGGCACUUGCAUCAUUAUGGAUGGCAAAGCACUUGACUGAUGCAUGCGUGAGAUACUCUAAGAACGGUGAAUAUCCAUCCUACCAGCAACUUGGUGAACUCACCUAUGGGGGAUGGGGUCGUGCAGCUGUCAUCAUAAGCACUGAUGUUUUCAUGCUCGGUUUGUGUGUUAUCCUAUUGGUCCUUUUCGCUGAUAACACAAUGCGGAUGUGGUCCGUAAUGAACCAAACUGAUUGGAUACUUAUCUACGCUGGUCUCAUGUUGCCAUUCGUAUGUAUCCGGUCUAUGAAGAUGAUCAGUUGGCUAUCGAUGAUUGGUGUAUUUUCUGUCCUUGCUACUGUCAUCGUCAUUGUCAUUGCAGGAUUCUCCAGAUUGGUCGAGUAUAUUGGCUCGAUAGACUACUCUCUAUUCAGUUUCAAUCAGCUCGGAAGUGCUAUUGGCACCCUUAUGACAUCAUUUGGUCUAACUGCCAUGAUACCCUCGGUAAUGAAUAAUAUGGAGAAGCCCGAUAGAGUUGGUACAUCCCUCUAUGGUGCUUUUGCUAUUAUCUUCUCAGUUUACAUAUGCCUUACCGUAGCAGGUUAUGGUGGUUUUGGCAACUCUAUCGCUCAGUAUGGUGAUAUUGUUACAGCUAUAUCGGGUACAUCAUCUCCUCUCAAUUCUCAGGGUUAUGCCAUAAUAAUAUGCAUCCUUAUCCUCUGUGCUUCCCAUUUCCUCGCACUCUUCUGCCCAGUCGCCAUUGACUGCGAGAAACUUAUUCCGUCUAAGGCGCCAAGGUUCACAGCCUACGUCGUCAGGACAGGUCUCGUCGGGAUAUGUGCGUUCUUCGCCACAGUCAUACCUGGUGUUACGGACAUGAUAUCAUUGCUUGGAUCCGUAUGCGGCAUGCCCAAUGUUAUGCUCCUGCCUCUACUCUUCUAUUGGAAAGCCUGCCUUAUUGACGUUGCAGGAGUGAAGGGCAUUUAUCAGGGACGACUCUUGCAAUUUGCUGGGGAGAUCUUCAUCAUAGCUUUAUCCCUUUUCACCUUUGGAUAUGGGAUGUAUGGCUCGAUCUCGAGUAUGAUGGAAUCUCGGUAAAUUCUGCAGAAUGUGACGAGAGAGCCUGACGUUAUCAACAGUUUCCCAUCGGAUGAUCAGAUCUUCUUGGGAAAUACACCCUCCGAUGAUGAUCGCAGCAAUGUGUCAUUGCUACUUAUGUCGAUUCUUGCAUGUCAUCUAACUCCCGCAAUCUCAGUUUUUCCGAUAUUACUGUAAUACGCCGAGACCCAUAAGGUAACGUGUAUCUGUUCUCAUAAUGUUUCUUCUCCUUCGUACUGUUCUCUAGUAUUCGACUAAUCAUCAUAUUUC